UGCCCGCCACCGUCAGUUGCGAGCGAGAUGUUCCAAAGCGAACAGUGCACCCUCCCAGUUAUAUAGUGUCGUCUAUUCGUUAACUUGCACUUGAGGUUUUUUCAAGUUCGAAGCUUGUACUGUUGUUUAUUAAUAGAAUUGUUGAGUCCUUCUUUAAACAUUGUCUACAUGCACUGAAGAUAAAAUCACAAUUUGGUCCGUUUUCCUUUGUUACUUCAACAAUUAUAUGUAUACACCGAGGCAAGAACCGAGCCUUCUGCUGCCCUCGACAGGCUUGGUGCAUUGAUUUUUCGCAACUACGAGAGUUGCAGCUGUACUAUAGUUUGUUUAUAAAUACACAUUGUGUUUGUUCGAUCGUCAAAUUUGAAAAUGUGGCAACAACAGCAUCAGGUAGACCAGAAGUAUGAGGACAACAAGCACGGCAUGGAAUCUACGUCGGGAGGAGACUCGGGCUUCAUUUCCGGCAGCUGUAUUUGCAGCUCCGAGCUCUCCUCGACGUCCCUGUUCGAGGACAUACAGUCAACAAGUAAGGACAUGCGGUUGACUUCGGUCGAGUUGCCAAAAUUGUCGGCUUUCGGAUUGGUUGAUUAUUGCUAUCUCAGCGAAAGCUUCGACCACUUGUCUUUGAACCAUAAUGAUUCGUUGGUAUCCGGGACAGCGUGUGGUUCUUUGGACAAUCAACAGGAAUCUUGGCAGCUUCAUUACACGCAGAACGACGAUGGAGAUACGCUGUUGCACACAGCAGUCAUACAAGGCUUUUUUGAAGCCACUCUCAGUUUAAUAAACAUAGCACCACACCCUGAUCUCUUGGACAUAUUAAAUGACGAUUGUCAGGCAGCUCUGCAUCUGGCAGUGAUAACGAAUCAGCCAAAGAUCGUGAGGAGUCUCGUUCUUGCUGGUGCCAAUAUGUCGAUCAAAAACUACCAAGGCAACACAGCCCUUCAUCUGGCAUGCAUCUCUGGCAGCCUGGACUGUGCUAAAGCUCUAACGGAACCAGUUGCAGCGUACGAACAGAAUUUGUUUUCAACUCGGAGAUUGUCAGCUAUUCCUCAAAACUUGGAGCUAAGAAACUAUCAUGGCGAGACGUGCCUGCACUUGGCCGCCUCCCACAACCACGUGGACCUGGUGAGGCUGCUGGUUCGACUGGGCGCCGACAUCGAGGCCCAAGAGUCCCUCGCCGGCCGGACGGCCCUCCACUUGGCCCUGGAGCACAGCCACCUCGGGGUCAUUUGUUACCUGCUCCGCGAGUGCCGGCCCCAACUGGACGCGGCAACCUACUCGGGCUGCACGGCUUACCAGAUCGCCAGAUGCGUCGACGAAAAUUUGGCCCUCGAGCUCGUCAGGAUGGGCGCCGAGCCCGCGGGGCUCGAUGAUUUCAGGGAAUCCGCCGUUGGACACUUUGGCGCCACCGCCAUGGCUCAAUGACCGGACCGCGACGGCAGUGCCUCGGUGUAGUCCUGCAAAGCCACGCAACAAUGCCCAUCAUUGUUGUUACAAAAUGAUGCGGGCUCGGUCGAUGGUAGCGCGUACGCAUGCGAUGAGUAUAUCGAUCGGCGUUGGCGUGUGUUAUGUAACGUAUAUGCAUUUUGUAUUUUGGCUUGGCCACCGAAGCCCGUCCCGAUUGUUUGUUACGUGCCCUCUCCCCCCGCUACACCAACUUUUUGCGCGGAUAUGAAAUCUUGAAGACCCCACGUGCGAGCAGAACUACACCGCGCACGCAAUAGUGUACGGC